AGGAAAUUUCACUGGAUAAAUAAAAGGCGGAGGCAGUCAGCAAAAGGAGGGUUCUAGGGUUUCCAUUACCUCCUCCUCGAGACGCGUUUUUCAUUCAUCUUCCUCUUCCUCUUCUUCCUCUUCCUCCUCCACCUCCUCCUCUUUUUCCCUCUUCUAUUAUCUACAGUCCUUGAGCACGCAAGCAUAAGAAAUCAAUUAAAAUCUGUAUAGGGUUGUAAAUCCUCAAGCGUUUUCACUGAUUAAGUUUUUUCUUCUCUAGAUCUGAUUAAUUUUGUUGUUACUGGAACCUAUUUGUGAAACGUUUUGAUUGAAGCGAUCAAUCUAUAAGAUAUGAAGCGAUCGAGGAAAUCGAACAGGGUAACGUGGGCACCAGGUGUUAAUCUUUGUCAGGUAAAACUAUUUCUAACUGAGGACUGUCCUUCUAAAGUUGGCACACAAUCUCAAGAUCAUCUUCAGAAGAAAACGUCGGGGAUUUUGCGUAAUUCAAAUAGUAAUGAAUUUAGUGACCUUCCCCCUGGGUUUGAAGGCAGUCACUCUUGGAAGCAUUUGAAACAGGAACCAUCUCUCAUCCCUAGGAUUAAGUGGGAGUGCCCUCCAAAACUUAGCAUGCGUUGCAACUGGCAUGUUGCAGCUGGUGAAGAAAGCCAGGAGGCAGAGGCUCAAAAACUAAGGGAAAUGAAAGUGCUUGAAGCAUUUUUUCUGCGCCCUUCUGCUAUUCCUCAUAGGUAUAAUUUCCUACCCUUUAUUAGUUUAUGUGCUAAUAAUGUGUAUCUUCCUUUUAACAACUCCUUUUUUCCACAUAGCCCCUCAAUUUCAUUGGCUGUAGAAGAGGAAUAUUAUGAUGAUAGCCACACUCCCAUCAUCCCUCUUACUCCUAUUGAAGAAGAGGGAGCUGUAGACGUUCCAUCUGAUUUGAACACCUCUGUACAGCCACCAGUAUUGCCUCAGGAUUUGCUAUUAUCUGGAAACCUAAAUCCCACAGAACAUAACAACCUGGCUUUGGAGCCACCUGCCUGUGAAAAACCAACAGUUGGAAUAGCACCUGAUAUGGAUGCUGACGUAGUUACAGCUGCCUCUGCUGCAGCAACAGCUCUAAUGAAAAGCCUGGAGAAAGGAAGCUUGAUCGACACCAAUUUGCUAGUUAAAAUCUUAAGUGAUCCGAAUAUGAUUGAGAAAUUGAUCAAUAAUUGUCAAGCACCUAGCAAUAUGACCAGUGCAACCAGGAUAACAUCAAAGCCAGCAACUAGAACAACACCCCCAUCAUGCCCUACACCUGCCAAAGGGAACUUGCAUAAUGUACUUGGUGGAGGGUUGCAACCGACAUCAAAGCCUCCCCCGUCCUGCCUGAAUUCCAACUCUCCUGUAGUGCCAAUGCCUUCCAAUGGAAGUUUGCACCCUACUCUUGGUGAGAUUCUACCAAUGCUCACUGGGAUGCCAGCACAACCAGACACUGAUCCUACGUCUAUAACAAAGCAGGUUGCUCCUAUCUAUAUACCCAGGGCAGAAUCCAUCAGUGAAUCGGCACCUACACUGAAGGUAGGAAAUUUAUAUUCCACAACUAACCAGGUGCAAUCUACGGUAAGUACCAUGAAACAGAAUCCAGUACCCAAUGUGGUACUUCCUCCGUUAAGCAUGAUGAAUAUGCAGCCAAAUGGUGCACCUCAAACUAACGUAGCGGCCGUGAAAACCAAUCCUGUAAAGGAUUUCAAUUACAUUAAGAAUCUUAUUAGGGAACAUGGAUCUGAAAAGAAGGAAAUGCAUGACAGGAACAUGUCACAUGAUGGCCCUCAUACUGAGCACUUUCAAAACCUGGAAUUUGCACAAAAUAUGAAACAGAGAGAAACGAAACCCAAGUUUCAGAAGCCUUGCAUAUUCUAUAGAAGCUCAAGGGGAUGCCGGAAUGGCUCUAAUUGCCCAUACCAGCAUGAUUUAACAUGUCAGUUUCAAACUGGUGGCACAAUGGAGGCCCCAGUUGCUAAGAGAAUGAAAUUGGGUGCGGAGGUCAGUGGGAGAACGGUUCACUUGGACUUGGCCUGAGGUGUAAAUAGUUUGGACUUUUGAACGCCGAUUAAUAUAGGUUUUGUGCACCUACGGGCUGAGAGGGGGGAUUUUUUUUAAUUUUUGAAAUGAAAUUCUUUUAAUUUUGAACCCCUCGAGGACGCAAAUUUGGGAACGUAAGGCAAAACUCUGGUUUGGAUAUAAUUUCAAACUCCAAACGCUUCCGCAUUUGAUUUUUCUAAUGCGGCGUCAACAGCCGGAAAGAAUUAGUUUUGUAAAAGAUGUUAGGGUUUAAAGUUUAAGCAUUUAAUUUAAAUAAUAGAAGUAAUAAUAAUAAUCAUAAUUGAAGUGA